AUGGCCACUGCAGCCCUCAUCAGCCCAAACACCCCCUACUAUCCACACCACUCGCCCUCACCGUACUCGUCUGGCGGCUACUACCAACAACAGGGACCGCAACAAGAACAACAACAAGACGCGUCACAAAACCGCGGUCCCGGAAACGGCCACGCCCACAUCCACAGUCACUCUCACGGUCACGGUCACGGUCACGGUCACGUACAAAUAUCACCGUCCAGUACAGCGGCUGGAAUGAUUUCGCCAGUCGAUUCGCGCCGUACCUCCGACGACCACGACAUGUCGGGCCACCGCCAGUCUCUUCCCUCUCUCAAAGAGAUUAUUGGCAAGACUACCUCUUCGAGUUACCACCACCCGUCGUCGGCGCCACCUAGUGGACCUCAGCAUGGGCUGCCCUCUCCUUUCUCGACAACGGCCCCACCACGGCCUUUCCCAGCCGAGUCCCCCAGCGACAUGCAGCAUUCGCCUCGAUCACUGCACCACCCGGCUUCUAUCCCACCGCCUCCUUCGUCCAUGUACAACCAACGACCAGAACCAACAACGACAUUUCCCGCGCCACCACGUCCGCCGCUUCCCGGCCGAGCACAUGGUACCCCUCCGCCGAAUGCAGAGUCUCACCAGGGCGGGCAGCCACCGUCUUCGGUUCAGUCUUUGAUUAAUCCACAGCACCCGGCACAGCAUGUGCCGCACUAUCCUCACUCGUCGCAACAGCAGCGCCACCCUCAGGAUCAACCUCCUUCGCAACUCCAAUCAUACCACCACCAAGGCCCAGCGCCACGUGAUGCUCGGUCUGCUCACGGCGACAGCCCACCAUCAUACCAUGCGUAUCCGAAUGCGCCUGCCCAGCAACCGCCAUACCCAUCACACGCGGCCUCCCAACAUCCUCUGCCACCCCCGCCGCCUACGCAGGGCCACAUGUCAUCAUCCCACUCAGCAUCGCCUCACCAUUCAGGGCCUCCAUCGUUGCCGUCUCCCUUCGAGUCACAUCAGCAAACCUUGAUGCAUGAGCCUCCCGUCGACUUGAACCGGUCACGGACACGGUACGAUCAGGCAGUCUCCCGGCACUUUGAAUCUUGGAGCUACACGGAGUAUCUCGCACGGAUUGGAAGCAAUUCACGGACAAUAUACAACUUCGCUGAGGCCUUUGGCAGUAUCGCACGGGAAGAGCACGGGCCGCACCCGAUGCCGGGGCGCAUGCCGAGCGACCGCGAAGUUUGCGAAAUGAUCAGCAAUGCAGAGUGGCUGAAAACGAUGCUGGAAAGCCUUCGCCACAUGGUCCAGAACACUGUCAGUGAAGGCAACUCUGGACCUGGCAGCGGAAAUGCGAGUGGCCCUUCCAGUGGCAGUAGCGGCAGGCAGAAGCCUGCAAAUCUGGAUGACGCGGACAUGCCAAUGUACAGCGAACCCGGGCAAAAGCCGUACGGCAUGGAGGUGAAGAAGAGACGAGGCAGAGCUGCACCGCCUGGAAGAUGCCACAGCUGCAACCGCAUCGAUACACCCGAAUGGCGGCGGGGACCUGAUGGUGCCCGCACGCUCUGUAACGCAUGCGGUCUUCAUUAUGCAAAGCUUGAGCGCAAGAAGCAGUUGGAGAGUCGGCAAAUUCGGCCCAAACAUCCAGACGACCGACGCUGA